GUGUUUACAUCAUCAUUUGAUCCUACAUGUACUAUAAAUGAGAGGGAGAGGAAAGUAACUUUCAUCUCAUCGAGCCUAGAUAAUUAGAUACGAUGAAAUCCAUAAUCACAAUCAUUAGUACUUUCUUUCUUUUCUCUUUGUUCACUAUCCUGGGAACUCAAGCCAGAAUUCUACCUGCAGCAGGAGAAAUCGGCACAUUUGAAUUUAAUAAUAUCAACUUGAACGAAGAAAAGGAGUGGAUGAGUAUGGUUGCAGAGCAGAUAAUAAACAACUUGAAGAAGACACCGCUAUCGCCGCCUCCACCGCCACCUACUUCGUCUCCAACAAGCAAUACAAUCUUGACGACUGAUCCGCUAAAACCUAAUAAAAUGAGUGGCUAUGGAACAAUUGCGAAAUCACCACCUCCGCCACCAUAUGCUUCACCUACAAAAGGCCAUGUCAGCUCUACUAUACUAAAACCAUGGAUGCGACAGGGUGAUCUGGGAAAAACUCCGCAAUCGCCGCCUCCAUCCCCGAAUACUUCACCUGCGAAAGACGAUAGCUAUAUAAGAAGCUCUGGGACUAUUAAAGAGUAUAGACGCUCGUUAAAAUCACCUCCUCCACGUGAUAUUUGGAUGGCGAGCACAUUCAUUGCUGAUUGCUAGAAGUUGUUGUGUUGCAGGUUUUUGACAAAACUAUGAAUCGGGAGAAGGUGACCAAAUUAAGUAGCCAAUUAAUUAGCAUUGUCAUCUAUUUAACUGGUUUUUGUGUGUUCUUUUAUCGCUCGAUUGUGGCUUGCCCGCAACAUGUAAUUCAUCGACUAUAAUCGACAUAUAGAAUAUAGAUCCUC